UUAUGACGUCAUGGCGCUGAUGCAGAGUGGGAUGAUGAUGAUGAUGAUGAUGAUGAUCUGGAGCACGUCCAGGGAUCACCGCCCCGGGGAUUAAGUGCAGCUAGGUAGUGGUGUUUGGCAAGCGGUGGACGGGAGCUCUGUGGAAGCCCUGGAGGUGUCUCCUCCUCCUGCUCCUGCUCCUCCUCCUGCUCCUCGUCCAUGAACAGACCCAGCACCAAGAGGAUUCUUAUGGCUGAGGAGGUUCCCCUUCAGGAGAUGAACGGCUGAAGAUGAAGGGCGUUUGGGGCCGUUGAAGAUCCUCUUCCUCACCGUAGGAGUGUGGAGGAACGACGCGAUGAAGGUGAAAUGGACCAAACUGGGCAUGGUGGUCUUCUUCCUGCUGUCUGUCGUCAUGACGACCUGCUUCAUCUGGCAAUACAGGAUGCCCAAAUUGGAGAUGGAAACAGUUUCCACAGACAGCCUGCGGAAGGAGACGAUCUGCCCCCGGUUCCCCGAACCCGUGGCCCUGACGCAUCCCAUCCCCGUGCUUAAACAGGCCCUUGAACAGGUCGAUGCCCUCUUCAGGUCAAAGGUCAACCAAAUCAGCCUACCUGCGAUAUCGGCCAUUGUGAUCUUAAACGACUCGGUUCUCUGGAACGGGAACUUUGGCAAGAGGAACGGGAGCGACCCCAACUCUCCACCCCCCUCUGAAUACACCACGUACAGGAUCGCCAGCCUCUCCAAGAUCUUCCCCACCCUGAUGCUCUACAAGCUGUGGGAGGACGGCGGGGUGGGCUCCCUGGACGACCCCAUCGAGAAGUACGUCGACAACUUCACCAUCAAGAACCCGCUGGGGAGAGGCGGCCGCCCCGGACAAGCCUCCCCUCGGGCCCGCCUCCCAUCCAUCACCCUGCGCAGGAUGGCCAGCCAGCUCUCAGGAUUACCCAGGCGAUUACGGGAGACUAAUCUCCUCUGGAGUGGAGACACGCAGGCAGCUCUUGAACUGUUAAAGGACGACAUCCUGGUGGCAGAUCCUGGCACUAAAUGUCACUACAGCAACGUGGCGUUCUCCCUGCUCGCCAAGGCCCUGGCCCAGAGGGUGGCGGGCGUGGACUUCGAGGAAUGGGUGAGCGUCAACAUCCUGCAGCGGCUGGGCCUGGACGACACGGGCUUCGACAUCACCCCGGACGUCCGGGCCCAAAUGGCGGUGGGGGUCUACGCCAGUGGCCAGCCCGCGCCCCUCUACGACCUGGGCUGGUACCGGCCCGCGGGCCAGAUGUACUCCACGGCGGCCGACAUGGCCAAGCUGAGCAUGGUGCUCCUGGGCGGGUACAGCCGGCGCCUGCUCCGGGACGACACCCUGAAGACCAUGCUGACGCCCGCCUUCCGCUGCCACGCCGGCUACUUCGCCAACGCCACCGCCACGCCCUGGGAGGUCAACGAGCUGCGGGGCUACGACGUGCUGCGCAAGGACGGCGAUCUGGACGGCUACGCCGCCACGCUCUCCCUGGUGCCGCGCCUCAACCUGGGCCUGCUGGUGCUGAUGGCCGGAGUCCGGCCGCAGACGGGCCCCGACCUGGUCACCGAGGUCUACCGCCGCCUGCUGCCCGCCAUCGAGACCGCCUUCAGGGGAGCCGCGCGCACGCUGGCCGCCCCGCCCAGCUCCGACCCGUACGUGGGCAUCUUCACGUACCGGAACAUGACGUUUUACGAGAUCAAGGCCGACCCGGACGGGGUGCUGGUCAUGCAGCAGUUCGGGCCGCAGAUGGACCCGUCGGUGCCGGCCAAGUACCGCACCAUCCGUCUGGACUACCUGGAGGACCGGGUGUUCCGGGUGGUAUUUGAGCAGGAGUACCCCUGUAAGCUGAAGGUGAACAGCGCGUCCGUUUCUCUGGAGGCCCAGGACAGACAGCUGUUCAACUUCUAUCCCUUCGGCAAGAAUGGCGUGUCGCCUGGGUUCGACUCCCCGGGACUGAACACGUACAGAGUGAUCAGGAUAGCCCACAGGCCCUAUUUCCCUUCGUAGAAGAAGCACACCAUGAUCACCUUUAUAUCGUUGUAUCACACCUUUGUAUGUUACGGGAACUAUUAAUCUGUGCAUUUGCUCAUAUUUAUCAGCAUUAUUACGUUUGUUAGGCCUAGUACUGCGAAGUGCCUGCCAUGUACCAUUGAAGGAGACAAAAACUGUGUGAAAGAAUAAAACAUGGGUUGAUGGGUUAAAA